AUGAAUUUGAUAUCUACGUCCUGUCAGAUGAACUGCACACUGAUCCAAGAGCUGAAGCAGUAUCCGAGUGCAAAUCGACUGAUUCUGACUGGCACACCUCUCCACAACAAUCUUGCGGAACUAUGGUCUCUACUGAACUUCAUUCUCCCGGACAUCUUCAACGACUUGCACUCGUCCCAGCAAUGGUUUAACUUUAGCGAGAAUACUGACCUGGGCGACCAAACAGCUGGGAUUGUAUCACAGCUACACGCCAUUCUGAAGCCGUUCCUGCUGCGUCGACUGAAGACAGAUGUAGUGACCGACCUACCGCCGAAGAAAGAGUACUUACUGUACGCGCCGCCGACCAGUGAGCAGAAGGAUCUAUACCAGGCAACACUCAAGAAGGAUGUUCGGGGUUAUCUGAUGAAGCAGGCGCUGGCUGCAUUGGAGAAGGAUGAGGAAAAGGAAGAAAUAGAGGAAGCUGUGGAUGAAAAGGACGACAAGAGGAAGCUGAUGAAGCGGACUAAGCCGCUUACUUCAUCAGGGAAAAGAUCCUGA